CCCGCGCGAACAUCCCCUCCCCGUUCUUCUCGAAAGAACACAUCAUCACGGGCCCACGACGCUCACGACGACGACGACGACCACCACCACCACCACAUCAUAAUCCGGCGCCUUGAUCAUCAUCAAGGCCCCCACGUCGCCACCGCUCCCCAUGCACUCACGCCUCCCCAUCCCGCACUUUAGCAAGCCCCUUCGCUGGCGCGCCCUCUGGUCGCGGCCGGCCACAACCUCCACCUCCACCUCAACCCCAACCUCGUCGUCUUCCUCCUCCCCCUCCUCAUCCGCACCCCUAGCAGCAACGGUAUCGCGCUCCUCGGCAGCAACAGCAGCGUCCUCGUCCACGUCGGCGGCCUCGUCGACAGACGACCUCGCGCUGCGCCAGCAGGAUAGCGCGCGCAGCGUCUUGUGCAGCUAUGAGCGGGCGGAGGAGGGGCCGCGGAAGGGCGAGGCGGGCGCGUUGAACUUGGAUGGUGUUGAGGGCGUGGUUGUUGCUGUGAGGGAGGUGGGUGUGGGUGGUGAUGGUGAGGCUGGUUCCAGGGGAGGUGAUUAGGGGAAUAUGGUAAGGGGAAGGGUUGGGCUCAAGGCAGGCAGGCAGGCACGACGUCGAUCCCGGUCUCGGUCUCGAUCUCGAAUAAGCGUCGAGC